AUGUACGCAUGCAUUUUGGAUGACUGUACCGAAGAAGGUUUACUAUUAAUCAACAAGAAGGAAUGUAAUUUGAUGUUACAAGACCGGUUGGGUAAUACAGCAUUGAUGUAUGCAGCGUUGAAGGGCCGUGAAGAAUUAACAGAUCGGAUGGCUAUGACGCUGUCAAGGUCAUGGGGAUUAUCGGCUAUACAGCUCAAAAACUGUAUGGGUCAUACGGCCGAAGACUUGGCUCUCCGAAAUAAACAUUUCCGCUGUGCAAGAAUGCUUCAAGCCCAGAGACUACAUAUGUUAGCAUGUUUGAAUAAGCAAAUGAUCCUGGCCGGACAGGUUGGCUGUCGACAGUGGCACGCUUUCACCUCAGUGUUCAAGUGCAUUGAAAAGUAUUCACUCUUCUGUCUUUUUACUGUAGUACCUUAUCUGAGAUUUUUUGGAAUAUUUCUCAGAUGUUAUAUAUAA